CUGAUUUUGGCUGGUUUCUCUCCUAUAUUUGGGGACUGUCUGGCUAAGGGUUGCCCUAGGGUGACCUUGACCAAGAUAGCUGGGCUAUCCUUCAUGUGAUGUCUCUUAUUCUCCAGCAGUCAGUCCAGGCUCAUUAACAUGGAGGUGCAAGUGUCCAAGAAGUAUUAGAAGUGCACAGUGCUUCUGGAAUUCUAGGCUCAAACUUCACAGUGUCUUUUCUACUACAUUCUGUUGGCCAAAAUCAAGUUAUGAGUCUAGUCCAGAGUUAGGGCAAAGGGCAUGCAUACAAGGAGGCCAAAACAAUCAGCCUUGUAUUAUGUAUUUUAAAAAAGCACAAAAAUUUCACAAAGAUAUGAGCUACACAUGUAAUUGUGGUUAUUUGGUAAUGUGAAAAGAGAAGCUGGAUGAUCCUUUUUCUAUUUUGCAAACUUUUCUAUUGCUUAAAUUUAAUGGGAAAAAUAUUUCUAUUAAUUAAAAAAUCAUUUUAAGUUAAAAAAAAUGGUCCCUUGUGCAUUUACCAAACAUAAAUACAUACAUGAAUCUCAUUGGUAAGCUAUAUUCAGAAUGGACAAAUAACUGGAUCAGGAGAGAGAACAGAAAAGAGAUUAUUUACCUGAGCUAUGAAAACAGUGAUAGGAAUAUCACUGCGUGGCACUUCUCAGUUAGCUCUCACUCCACUCAAGUCCUCCAAGUUUACACUUCCAGAUCUGGGCCUGCAUCAUGGACAUCAGGCCUCCAUGCCAUUUAGAGUUCGAGUGUGGCACAGUGUCAAAUAGUUCAACUUGAUUUAUUGAUUGUUUUAAGAGUAGACAGGAAAGCAGAGACUUGUGUUUGCAUGUGUAUUUUCAUUCUGGUAACUUUGUUGUACCAAAGAGAAAAGAUAAGAUUUGCUUCCUAUUUCCCACAGGAAAGAAGCUACAUACGCGAGCAGGAGUCAGACUCUGUUCUAGCAAAGGACAAGAGAAUUUGAGAAGCUGUUUUCUGUUCGGAAGUGAUUGACACGUUAUUCCAGUGAGAGGAAAAAAAAGGAACACUGUGCACAUCUGCUUUCACUUUCAGAUCCUUUCUGCCAGAGAGCCAGAGUAGCAAUGGCUGCUAAGGCACCACUGAAAGAGGAUCCACUCAAAAUGGUGAAGUUGAUAAGCAGGAACAAGCUUGACAGCAUUUUUGAUGACUUUAUGAAAGAGUAUGUGUUGAAAGGAGCAAACUCACACAAAUUGCAGGAAGGCCUGGGCCUCGUCCUGACCAGGACUGACGAUCUGCUUGAGGACAUCCAUGAGCACACAGAAGAGGCUGGAAAAAUGAUUGUGCACCGCGUCUUCAACAACUACAAAAGAGAGCAGAUGAAAUCUCUUAGAUCCCUGUUGUUGUUCAAAGUUCGUUCCACCUCAGAAUCUGAAGAUGGAAGUGAAGACAAUGAACAUGAGGAAGAUGCUGUCUCCGUCCAGGCACUGGCCCUCCCUUCCGCAGAUUUAUCCAGUGCUGGAGAAGGAGGGCCGAACACGCCUGGCCUCAUCAUCUGCAACAAAGAAUUUGACUAUCUUCCUCAACGAGAGGGGGACGAAUUUGACAUUUUGGGAAUGGAAGACCUGCUUGAAAGCCUUGGAUACACAGUGAUUGUAUACGAGAAUCUCACAGCUAAGGAUAUGGAAACUAAGCUAAGAUACUUUGCUGCCCGCCCAGAGCACCGAUUCUCAGACAGCACAUUCCUGGUGUUUCUGUCACAUGGCAUCCUGGAUGGAAUCUGUGGGACGAAGCACAGAGAUCAAGAGCCAGAUAUUCUGAAUGAUGACACCAUCUUCUGAAUCUUCAACAACUACAACUGCUAUAGCUUGAAAGACAAGCCCAAGAUCAUCAUCGUGCAGGCCUGCCGAGGCACAGGCUCUGGGUUUGUCUGGAUGACUGACACGGGAGAAGCCUCUGCAGCCAGGCGUGACCCGGUCUUGCCAUGUUCCAUCUCAUGUGACGCUGUUACGAGGGCCCAUGUGGAGAAGGACUUCAUUGCUUUCAAAGCAUCAACCCCACAUAAUGUUUCUUGGAGACUCAGCCCAAAUGGCUCUCUCUUUAUUUCCCAACUUAUACACUGCUUUAAGGAAUGUUCCUGGUAUUGCCAUUUGGAAGACAUUUUUCGAAAGGUUCAACGUUCAUUUGAAACCCCAGGUGAACAGACCCAGAUGCCCACUAUUGAAAGACUAUCCAUGACAAGAUAUUUCUACCUCUUCCCUGGGAAUUAAAACUCACGAGAGGCAUCUCAGGAAACUAUAAAAGAAAACAGGGCAACUGAGGCAGGUUGACCAUGCCAAAGAUUCCUUGCGGCGCUGAUAGAAACCUCUGCUCCUACUAGAAAAGAGGGACUAUAAUAAAGCAAGACAAACGGAUGCCAGCAAGUCUGCUAAUCUUCACCAGGUAGUCCCUGCUUGUGUAGAUUGCUGAUUAUGACCCAAAGACACCCUGCUCCAGACAAACUCAGCUUCCCUUGCAACUCACAUCUCCCUCUCUCUCUCCAUCCCCUGGCAUCUCCCUUUGUCCCAAGGAGGUAUCUAAGCUGCCACCCUGAACCCAGCCCCUUUUUUUACUGCUCCACAUGCAUGCUACUUUAGCCCAAUAAACUUCUGUACUUUG